AUGGUCAGGGACAAGUGCUACUUGGACAUCGGCAUCGGCAAUCGAUAUGCGGGACGAGUCAUUCUUGGGCUGUAUUCAGACACCGUCCCUUUGACAUGUGAGAAUUUCGUUCAGCUUUGCAAAGGUUACCGGAUAAAGGAGCGCAUUAUUGGUUACCAGAACACAAACAUUCACAUGAUCAAGUCGGGAUGUGCCAUCGCAGGUGGUGAUGUUUUGGACGGCACAGGGAGAACUCGGGGACUGAGCAUCUAUGGAGAGGCGUUUCCGGACGAGAACUUUGAGAUGAGUUUCCUGCGUGACGGGGAUCUGGCCAUGUGCAAUUGGGGUAAGAACACCAACUCCUCCAUUUGGAUGAUCACCUUGUCGCAGCAGAAGGCCUUCACCAACCACCAUGUUGUUUUUGGCACGGUGAUGAAAGGCAUGCGAGUGGUAAGGGAGAUCGGCGAGUUGGGCACCAGAGUCGGACGCCCAGCUGUUCCCAUCCGAAUCGUCCAGUGCGGCGUUCUGGAGGAUGGCAAAGAUCCGCCCCCGCCACCGUCAGCAGAGCUGGAGGACGACAGCGCCCCUGUGAUGACCGAGGAUGAGUUCAGAUCGAUCAGCGUGAGCAACAAGCCGGGUACAGUGCAACCCUCGUGA